GGCGUGGCGCCCGGCCGGCGCAGGCGCAGUGGCCGCGCGGAGGGGGCGGUAAGGGUCCAAAAGCGACUCCCCGUCGCCUAGCGGCCCUGGCGGUGCGGGGACUCUCCGCCCCAUUCUCUUUCCCUUUCCCCGUCUUCUUGACUCCCCCUUUUGCAAAGAUCGGCUUUGCCUCGGAAUCAACAAAUGCUUCAUCUGAGAUUGGUUCCUGUGUGUCAUGUGUGUGAAAGUCAGUGGGAGUUAAGACAGUACAUACAAGCUGAAAGAUCAAAUAAGGAAAUGAGUAAAUGAGUUCCUUUUCUUGACAGUUGUAUUUUUACUGUAAGUUAAAUUCUGAGUUAGCUUAAAAUAGUUUAAUAGUUUAAUUAUAGAACAGUUUAAAUAGCAUAGAUUAUCAUUUUCAAAAUGACUGAAAAAUUUCAGAACAUAUUUAAACAUACCAUUUAACAUAUAAUAUGGUUUACUUGCAUUUGGUUCUGCCAUAGAAUAUGUAAAAGUCUACUAAGUGUCUGUAAAGCUAUUCUGGUCAGUUUAAAUGAACAUUGUGGCAGUUGUUAUGCAUUUUACAUUUAAUUAAAAAUUUGACUUUGUUUGGCGUAACAUGUUUUGUUUGAUAGUAAAUAUACUUUCAGAGUCAGGAACUUGAACAGUAUGGAGAAUUGAAGAGCUUCCUUGGAUACCAGAAUAGUUUUUCCUCUGAUCAUUGGAAAUAUUUCUGAAUUUUUUAGCUUUACUCUGGAGUGUGAUAUUUGAGUUAAGUUCCUCCACUGAUGAUAUUUAGAGGAUCAGAUACAAAGCAAUGGUUUCAUGCAAAGGAAGUUAUAGAUAUGUAGUUUCUGGCCUUGUUGCUGAUUAUCAGUUUUUCUUAACUCAUUGGCAUACUUUUACACCUUUUACUUUGACUCUUUUUCAGACCUUUAAUAUAAAAAAGUAUGUGAGAAUGAUUUUUAAUAGUAUGCUUGUAAAAAAUACAUAAAAAAGAAAAUGUCAUACCUUUGCUCUAUUGUUUGGAAAGUUACUUACAUAUUUUAUAAGCUAAUAUGUUAUUUUACUCUGGUUUUCUGUUGUGAAUUCUAUGAUAAGAAAUUUAUGAUUUAACGUGAUAGUCUAUCAACAUUCAUAUACUAAAGAGAAAUUAAAUAUUAAUAUUGUUUAACUUUCAAGGAACUAGUGCUCCAACUCCAAAUAGUCCUUAUUUGUAGGUGUUAUGAACCAAUAAACUAUGAACCAUAAUUUUCAUUACACUAUUCCAUAAAAGAAAAGAAUUUAUAUUAAUUGGAUUUAGUAUUCAUUUUUUUCCAAGAAGCUAUGAUAUUGGCAUUUUUGAAUAGAACUUCUAUUUAUACUUAUCAAUUUUUAAAGUUUUGAUUUUUCAGUGUCUUGAGGUUUGAGAAACAUUAUUAAAAGGAAAAUAUUCAAUAUAUGAGGGUUUGGGUUGAUAUCCAUUUUUUAAAUGUCCCAUAAACUUGAAAAGACUUUUAAACAGUUCAUAUACUGUAAGCAUGAUUAUAUGGGGAUUUUAUAGUCUGUUGAACUUAAUAACCAAAUGUGUUUUUUGUUUUUGUUUUGAAAAGGGCUAAUGCCAGUUUUUAGAUUGGCUUGGGCAGAAAAGUGAAAAGACAAUGCUCCACUUUAACCUUAACCGAUGUCAGCAUCUGAAAAAAAUAACACAGAAAUGUCUGUCUAGUAUACAAGUUAAAAUGGAUAAACAUAUACAGCGAAUUCUUUUAAGAACCUUUGCCCUUGCAGAAUUAAGGAAGUCAUGGCAUUCUACCCACUCUCUCGCUGGAGACAAAAAUAUUGUCCUGAUGGGACCUCCUGGUGCUGGAAAAACAACAAUAGGCAGAAUAAUAGGUCAGAAACUAGAUUGUUGUGUCAUAGACGUGGAUGAUGAUAUCCUUGAAAAAACCUGGAAUAUGAGUGUGUCUGAAAAAUUACAGGAUGUUGGUAAUGAGCAAUUUUUAGAAGAGGAAGGAAAAGCUGUGUUAAACUUCUCUGUGUCUGGAAGUGUGAUUUCCCUUACUGGGUCUAAUCCAAUGCAUGAUGCUACCAUGUGGCAUCUGAAGAAAAAUGGGAUAAUUGUAUACCUGGAUGUACCUCUAAUAGAUAUAAUUAAUCGUCUAAAAUCAAUGAAGAUAGAUCGAAUUGUAGGUCAAAAUUCUGGAACAUCUGUGAAGGAGUUACUUCAGGUUAGAAGACAGUAUUAUAAAAAGUGGUAUGAUACUCGUGUUUUUUGUGAAAGUAAGGCUUCUCCAGAGGAGGUAGCUGAUGAAGUGCUUAAUGCAGUUAAACGAUAUCAAGAUGUGGAUUCAGAAACUUUCAUUUCGACAAGACAUACUUGGCCGAAAGACUGUGAACAGAAGGUUUCAACAAAAUUCUUUAGUGAAGCUGUGAUUGAGGGGUUAGCGUCUGAUGGUGGGCUCUUUGUUCCUGAGAAGGAGCUUCCAAAAUUAAGCUGCGGAGAGUGGAAACGUCUAGUAGGAGCAACCUAUAUAGAAAGGGCCCAAGUACUGUUGGAAAGGUGUAUACAUCCUGCUGACAUACCUGCUGCAAGAUUGGGAGAAAUGAUUGAAACUGCUUAUGGAGAAAACUUUGCCUGCUCAAAAAUUGCCCCAGUCAGGCACCUUUCAGGCAACCAGUUCAUCUUGGAGUUGUUUCAUGGACCGACAGGAUCAUUUAAAGAUUUGUCUUUGCAGCUUAUGCCUCAUCUCUUUGCACACUGUAUUCCACCAAGUUGCAAUUAUAUGAUACUUGUAGCUACUUCAGGAGACACAGGGAGUGCAGUCUUACAUGGGUUUAGUGGUCUUAAUAACAGUGACAAGCAGAGGAUAGCUGUGGCCACGUUUUUCCCUGAGAAUGGAGUAAGUGAUUUUCAAAAAGCACAGAUAAUUGGCAGUCAGAAAGAAAAUGGACAGGCAAUAGGUGUCAAGUCAGAUUUUGAUUUUUGCCAGACGGCUGUAAAAAGGAUUUUUAAAGAUUCUGAUUUUACUGGCUUUCUUACUGUUGAAUAUGGAACAACCUUAAGUUCAGCUAAUUCCAUAAACUGGGGCCGGCUGCUUCCCCAGGUAAUUUAUCAUGCUUCUGCAUACCUUGAUCUUGUUAGCCAAGGAUUUAUUUCUUUCGGAAGCCCAGUGGAUGUCUGUAUUCCCACAGGAAACUUUGGCAACAUAUUAGCAGCAGUGUAUGCCAAAAUGAUGGGAAUCCCUAUUCGAAAAUUCAUUUGUGCUUCUAAUCAGAACCAUGUUCUGACUGAUUUUAUAAAAACAGGGCAUUAUGAUCUAAGGGAAAGACAGUUAGCCCAAACCUUUUCACCAGCCAUAGAUAUUCUCAAAUCUUCAAACCUGGAACGACAUUUACACUUGAUGGCUAAUGGAGAUGGACAACUAAUGACAAAAUUAUUUAACCAAUUAGAAUAUCAGCAUCACUUCCAGAUAGAAAAGAUGCUAGUUGAGAAGCUUCAGCAGGAUUUUGUAGCCGACUGGUGCUCUGAGGAAGACUGCCUGGCAGCUAUUAAUUCCACCCACAAUACUUCAGGGUAUAUUUUGGAUCCACACACUGCUGUUGCCAAAGUGGUUGCAGAUAGAAUACAAGACAAAACUUGCCCAGUGAUUGUUUCAUCUACAGCUCAUUACUCAAAGUUUGCACCUGCUAUCAUGCAGGCUUUAAAGAUUAAAGAAAUGAACCAAACUUCAUUGGGUCAGCUCUAUUUACUGAGUUCGUACAAUGCAUUGCCUCCACCCCACGGGGCUUUAUUAAAGAGAACAAAGCAGCUAGAGAAGGUGGAGUACCAGGUCUGUGACGCUGAUGUGAAUGUCUUGAAGAGUCAUGUGGAAACACUAAUUCAGAAUCAAUUCAUGAAAGCUUUCUGAGGAAGAGAUGUCCUAUGUUUUUCUGGCAGUAGGCAUGCCAUAAUAAAUAUCUCAAAAGUUGAUUUUGAGUACAAUGGCAUAUUUCUGUAAAUAGCUGUAUGUUUAUUAUCUUUUGGAAUUUGAAUAGUCUAAUCACUAGGACUGUGUCCCUGCACUUGCUCCUUGGAAUCUUAAUCUGGAAGUGACAAAAUGUGGCAUAGUGCAUGGACCUCUGUGCCCUUGUGUUUUGCUUUGCACUCAUGAGGGAUUUGUCAGUUUCCACUCUCUUACCCCGGCUGUUAAGUGGACCAAAAUGUCUGGUAGCCCUUAGUGACUUGGUGAUUAAAAUAUUUGAACACCGUUGUUAAGUACUACAUCUGUAACCAUUUACUAGUUCCCUAUUGACUAGACAAGAAAGUUAUUUUAUCACUCACGGUGGCUAACUUGUAUGAAGGAAGUAGUAAGCUCAUAUAUUAAGAUUAGGGCCAGUGUUUAACCCUUCUCAAACUCCAUUUGGACUACAAUUAACUUGGUGUAUUCUACACUGUCCAAGUUAGAUAAAUCCUCUGUCCACUCCACUUUAGCUACUUAUCAUUAGAGUGAAGUUUGAAAAUCAAUUCACAUGAUUUAAAUCCAGGAUGUGGUAAUUAACAGAAUUAAGAUUUUUGAAUAGUAUUAAUAGAAGUACAUAAUUUGUAAUUAUAGACAUCAGCCUUCCUGUAUUAUUUGGAGUCCAAUCUAACACUGAUGUCUCUCUUUCCAAUGAAUUUUGUCUUUUUCUGAAAAAAAAA